AGUACAUUUGGAUUCGACAUACUUUACAGUUCAUAAUCAUCAUGAAAUCGUUGAAAGUUGUAGUGAUUCUAGUGUUGGUAGGAAGUUAUGUAAAAGCUGAUACAUUUUUUGCAAACUCUUUUGAUGCGGUAAGAGGAUGUAAACAGUUCGAAGAUAUGGUGGGUUACAAUGAAUCCCACGCGUACUUCCCAACAGCAGGUCUGCAGAACGUUGGUGUUACAAAAACCUCUCAGUACUUUCGACUGGCGUUCGUUGGCGCAAGCGGUGCUCACACACGGUUUGGUGAAUCGUUGUACCCCUACGAGAAGAACGUGGUGGAGAUCGUGAUCGGUGGUUUGGGAAACACGUGGAGCGCCGGAAGAAGCCAGUUUCGUGCGGCAUCGAAUCAACAUAGAAACACUUUGCUCGGCCAAGCACAAACACCAAAUAUUCUUUCCCGAUACCAUCCAACCGUAGUGGUGCUAGAAGUGUUCAAAAAUGGAAUGGUGCAAGUCACCAUGGACGGGCAGAUGCAACCGUUCCUAUCGUUCACCGACAGUAACCAGACACCGGUAAACUAUAUGACCUUUACCCGUUGGGGUAGUGAUGUGAUCGCGUUCUACGAUUGUCCGCUGCUGGAUGUGAACAGAUUUUAUAAAUCGCUUCCCUUGAAUCAAACUGUCGUGUAAUGAUAAACCACUAAAGGCGCAUACAUCACAGUGAAAUAAAUCCACGUGU